UAUGCAUUAUAUUUAUCGUUUUAGAAAAAUAUUUAACAAAAUAAAACUUUCAAAAAACAAAACUGUAGCUAAGAAUGUUCAGUCAAAAGAUUUUAAUAUUUUACACCUUCAUUUACAUGGCAGAAUGUUUACUAUUGCCUACAUUUUACUGGGAUAUUCGAAAUCCACUAUUCAACUUGCAAGAUUGUGAUGAUGAGUACACAAAUAUAUUUAUUGAUAGUGGUUCUCAAAUGAACUUUUUAUGUCCAUCCAGUGUAAUAAGAUUCACAGGCGAAAAAUCUGAAGUCAGCAAGAGUGAUUUAUAUGAGAGCAUGUAUCUUGUCGAAGAAGAAGAAUUUAAAAACUGUGAUAUUAAUAAAAGUAAAGAAAAUCGCAUACUUAAUUGUAAUUCUCCGCUGAAUCCCAAUAAUAUAAUUUUCAAGACCUGGUAUAUCUCAGAUAUUACGUCAGGCAGUCACUCGUUUGGUGUCAAUAAAACAUAUUUUCUUGUUGCAACAUCUAAUGGAACAGUAAGUGGAAUAAAUAACCUAAAAGGUGGUCGUUGUGAAACCAAUAAUAUGCGAAUUGCACUUACAGUCUGUGAGGUUGGUUCGAACUGUCAUAAAAGACCGGCAUGUAGAAAUCCUAAAAAAGCUUUCACAGUCACAUCAACAACGUCAACAACAACAACAACAACAACAACGUCGUCGACGACGUCAACUAUGAAGACGACAAAAAAGAAAAUAGUUGCACUUCCGUCUCAAUCAGACAAACAAUGUGGUGAAACAACUUUCACAACAAUAACUGCAAUAUGUCUCAUCUUGGGAUUAAUUUUUGGACUUUUAACUGGAGUAGGAUUAAUACUGGUUCUGCAAAGAAUUAAAAACAGAGAAGAAAAAGAACCGCCUAAAACAGCUAACAUGGCGCCAACUGUGGAGUUAGACCCGAAUGAGACUUUAAGGAGGGAGGCGAAUCGUAAAUAUUUCAGCGCGGACAAUCCUACGUAUAGACAUUCCACUGAAUUCAAAAGAUUACUAAGCACGAACUCCGCCUCAUCUACUGAAAGACAUUCUGUUGUCCCAUUGGGUGAAUACGAGUAACCAUGGCAAUAGCAUACUUUUAUACUGAAUUUAUUUAUCUAGCAAUUUUUUAUAGUUUUUUUUUAUAUCAGAAUAGUUAUGUUGUUUUUUCACGUAAAUGUUUGUGUUGCAAAUAUUUUAUAUGCUGCGCGCAUGCGCAGAAACAACAUACUGAUUUUUAUGUUUUCAGUUUCUUUUUUCUUCUGUCAAUAGAUUCUAAUUAAUUGUUGAAAUUAAAAUUUCAUAUGUUUCGUGUAUAUAGUAGCACUUUAGUCAAUGGUGUAAAAAUUUCAUCAACCCAGCCGACCCACAAACCAUCGAGACAAAUAGUUUCAUAAGCUGGGUAAAAGAGACUUCUUUUUGAUGAUUGAGAUAAAAUAUCUCCAUUAUACAUACAGUAUUUUUUUUAAUGAUAGAAUUUUUAGCUUUUUUUAUAAACGUUUUUUCGAAGCAAUGAUAAGUUUUCUGCGUAAAAUGUAUCUAUACAGAGUAGACGUUCGUGUGUAGUCUUGUCCUGUACUGAAUCAUCCAAACACUAGGAUGAGUAGUAUCUAUGCAAAGUUGAAUCUCCCUGUACAGUGUUAUCUUAAAUUCUUCACAGCGUUAAGUAGCAAGUAUUUCGUUUUGUGUUUUUUAACAUUUUUAUUUGCAACCUCGUCACCAGACUGUAAUGGUAAUUGAUUGUAAUACUAGGACUUCUCAUAUAAAUUUGGAUCUUUGAUCCUAGAUUUGUAUAUAGGCUAUGGUGUUUUUACCAGACUCCUUUUUAUAAAAAGGAACUGGUAACGGAGUUAUGUGUGUUUAUUGUGUAAAUACGUUAUGUUAAAAAUUCAUUUUUUAAAAUAGCAGGGAACUGGUAACUAA